AUGUACAUAAAGAUUCUUCGUGGGUUGUACAAAAAUUUCACAACUAAGAUAUCGCCAUUCUACAACGAUAUUAACAUCGACGUUAAAAUAGGGGUUAGGCAAGGGGAUACUAUCUUGCCAAAAUUAUUUACCGCCACCCUCCAGAACGUCAUGCAAAAAUUGGAAUGGGAUAAUAUGGGAGUGAAAAUCGACGGACGGCAGUUACAUCAUCUUUGCUUUGCUGAUGACAUCGUCCUUAUAACACCAAACAUUAGGCAAGCGCAACUCAUGCUUGACGACUUUGAUAAAGCCUGUGGAAAGAUUGGUCUUCGACUAAAUCUCACAAAAACGAUGUUUAUAAAGUACGGAUUGAUUUCGUGUGCCCCAUUCACGCUCGACGUAACGAAUUUCUCUGGAUGCUUCAGUUACGUCUAUCUAGAUCGGAAAAUCAAUAUGAUGAACGACUUAGUUCCAGAGCUGAGCAGAAGAAAAUGA